AUGGUUGCUCGCACAGCCGACGUCUGUGUGGAGGAAGGAGGAGGUACUGAUAAGGCCUCACCUACGCAAUCCCCUCUCCCCUAUACACUCCUUUUAACCGAGCCUAGUUGCGGUAGUAACUGCAUUGAAAAUUGCGUUGCUGAAGUUCUGCGUGGAAUACUCCAGCUCAGUGAUAUUCGCUUUAAUCGUGCAUCAGGCAACGGGGUGGGAUUUAGACCCGCCCUUUCCACUAUGCCCAUCAUAAAACUGUCUGGGGACUUGGGUGUGCCAUAUGCCAUGCCAGGCAGCAUGGCGGUAGGAUGUGGUCGGGGUCCCCUCCGCAACCACGAGGAAGGCUUUUGUCGUUUAGUUGCUACACGAAAACCGGAGCUGCCCAAGAGGUCCGAAGUCUCCUCUCGCCGCGCUGCCCCGUCUUGCACACUGAACGGUGCGCUAUACUACCGCUACAAGCCGCGCAAAUGGUGUCGCCUCGGGCACUGCCUCUUGACGCCGGACGCGCACCUCCUCGGUUUCCGCUCUCCCCAUGCCGCGCUCACCUCGCCGGCUGUAAGCCUCUUUGUAGCCGCUGCCUCCACCAUGGCGGUGUAUGCGGGUCGCGAGUCGGGCAUGCAACACGUCUUCAAGGUCACGCAUACUGCCGGCGUCAGUACUGCUCCUGGCACCGGUACUGUCGCCGCUGCUGCGACAGUUCAUGGCGGCGGAGGUCGGGCUCUCGUGUUCGCUGCAGACUGUGAAGUGGAGGCCCUGGCUUGGAUCGCCGUUAGUCUCCUCUUUCUUCGUUCCUUUACUGUUACUAAUUUUCUAGAGGGUCCAGGUCUAUCGUUUGGGGGGUCGCAAAUAAACCAGUACGCACAAGGCAUCACACCAAGUCGCGCUGAGUCGUUCAUCGGCCACUACUGUCGUCAGGCCCACCGUCAGCACCGUCGUCGUUCCAGUGAUGUGGUGGAUGCGCUCUCCCUCACCGACUUCGCACGAACUGCUUCCACGAUGUCAGCGGCGUCACGACGAAAAAGCAUGGCUGGCGUGGAGUCCCGUCCCCACAGUCUCUUUCUACCUCCCAUCCAGGCAUCACCAACUUUUCUUGGUGGGGUAGAGAUGACGCUGCCACAACGACAGCAACCGCCACCACCUCCACUGCCUCCACCUAACGCUUUUGAUGCCAAUCAGGAGGACAGCGGAUUUUCGGGUUUGAUUUCCUCGAGCAGCUCCGCCACCGAUGGAACUAAUGGAGAGGCCUCUGAUCAGAGGAAUUCCUCGCUAGUGGCUACCAGUGUUGUCAAUCCCUCUCCUUAUCAUCGCCAAAGCAUAUUCUCCAUCACCUCCACAUCUGUCUCGACCUACGAUCUUUUUCAAUCCCGAGCUUCAGGGUUGUUCUCCUCGGUUCGCAAGAAGGUAGUCGACUCGUUGAAUCUCCCGAAACGACGAUCACUUAUCCUGCCUCCUCGGCCAUCGGAUGGUCUGGAAAUGGCUGAAUCUUCGUCGCCUCCGACGCUGACGACAAGAAGGUUUGGAUGGACGCAGCUUGAAGCGGUGGUUGGAAGUGAUGGGCCUGGUGGUUGGGUUGGUUCCAUGACUUCACCGAGGACGCGAGCCUGGCACAGUGUUCGGGGUUUGACGGGAAAGAUGGCAAUACAGCAUCAGGCGAUGAAGUCAUCGUCAUCAACAUCGUCUUCGUCAGCGAAUACGAGCUUGGAUGAAUCGGUGCUGGCGGGCGACAUCUUUAUCUCCAUUCCUGGUCGCCUCUCGUGGACACGUCGGUAUUGCGUGUUGCAUGCCUCUAUUUUGGAGAUUUACGCCUCUACAUUGGGCGUGGAAUGUGGCAACAGCAAUUCAUCGCCUCGUCCUUCUCUUCCUCCCCUCCUCCUCAGUCUGCCAUUGCAGCCGGGCGUAGUGGAAGUUGCCCCAGCCGCGGAUAAACGCCACCCCUCUGCUGUCCGUCUGUCCGCACCAUCUCUUACGCCCCUGCUGCUGCUCCUUGAUGCUGGCGACACUGUAGUGAUGGGUCGGUGGAUCCGAGCUAUCAUUGAGGCUCUAGGGCACAUUACUCCGUCCAAUCCCGUUUCGAAUGCCUCUAGUGUGGCUGGCGCUACUACCCCAUCAAUGAAUGGCGACUCAUCUACUCAGGCUUCGUCGAAUCCUCUUGGAGGUGUUUAUUCACCAACCCAAGGUCUUAAAGUCUAG